AUGCUUGACUCGGCUUUCGGCCGCCUCUACGCCUCACCCGACGACUCGUGCUACGUCUUCACCGGCUCGCACGGCGCCGCCCUUCUUGUCAGCCGUCGGAGCCGCGAGAUCCGCGUCGUGUCGCCCUCGGACCUGGAAAGGCUGAUCGGCCCCGCUCAGGCACGGGCGCGCUCCUGCGUCGUCCACGCCUUGGUGGGCGUGCUCUCAUUUCCGGACGAGCGGACGCUGGUCAUCGUGACCGAUUCCGCCGAGCGCGGGGUGCUCUCGGCGGACGGCGUGGUGCGCGCCGCGGCGGUGACCAAGGAGCUCCUCGAGGCCGGCGACUUCUUCUUCUCGCACCAGGCGCCGCUGACGCUGACGCUGCAGCGGCAGUUUGCGCUCGCGGCGGCGGGGAAGGAGGCCCUGGCGUGGGAGCACGUGGAGGGGCGGUUCGUGUGGAACGGCGCGGCGCUGCAGCCGCUCGUCGAGGCGGGCAUCGGGCCGUGGCUCAGCCCGAUCGUCCACGGCGCGCUCCUCUGCGAGCCGCUCGAGCCUCUUUCGGGCGUCUCGAUGACGGCGUGCCUCGUCUCACGCCGGUCGUGCGAGCACGCGGGCACGCGCUUCAAGGCGCGCGGGAUCAACGACGACGGCCACACCGCAAACUACGUCGAGACGGAGCAGUCCCUCCGCUUCGAGCUGCGAGGCGGCGCGGAGGGGGCGAUGGCGUCGCUCGUCCAGGUGCGCGGCUCGGCACCGCUGUUUUGGGAGCAGCGCACGUCGACGAUCAAGGUAAACACCAAGCCGAAGCUGACGCGGAACGCCGCGCUCUGCCUGCCAGCGCUGCAGCGGCACGUCGCACAGCAGCUGGCCGCCUACGGCUCUCCCGCCCUCCUCGGCGAGGAGGCGGCCCUUGCCGCUGCGCUCGCCGAGUGCGCUGCCCGCGUGAGCGUGCCGACGGGGCAGCGGAUCAAGUACGCGGGCGUCGCGCACCUCGCCGCCGACGUGCGCCCCCUCGGCCACCAGGGCGACGCUCUUCUUGACACACUCUUUCGAUCGCGCGUGUCGUCUUUUAGGAUGGUCUUGUUGUUGUGGACUCAGGGCCUGGUGCGCGUCAACUGCCUCGAUUGCCUCAACCGCACCAACUUGAUGCUCGCCGCCCUCGGAUUGCACGCCGCGUCGGCGCAGCUGCGCGAGCUCGCCUCCGCCCUCGCGCUGAGCUCGACAGCGGAGCAGGUGGCGCGCGCGUGCGAGCCGGCGCUCCUCGCCUCGCUGCAGCAGAUGUGGUCCACGACGGGCGACGCCGUGUCGAUGCAGUACGCGGGCACCGCAAACAUCGGCAAGGGCAGCGCGUCGAGCUUGCAGCCCGAGGCUUCGGGCAAGCGGUCGCUCAUCGAGCGCGCUAAGGGCACCGUGCAGCAGGGCCGCAUCGCCGUCAACCGGUACGUGCACGAGACGUUCCUCGAGGACGGGCGUCAGGCGGCGAUCGAGUCGUUGCUCGGCGGCGCUGCGCUGCUGAGCGAGUGGUUCCGCAACGGCGCGCAGCACGAGCCGGCGGUGCCGGACAUCUACUCGAUCGGCUUCCAGGAGUUUGUCGACCUCACCGCGCGGAACGUGCUGAGCGAUGACGUGAGCCGGCGCAAGGAGUGCGCCGCGCGGGUCGAGGCUGUGCUCACGUCGCUGCACGGCGAGCGGUACGUCGCCGUCGGCAUGGAGCAGUGCGUCGGUGUGCUGCUGAUGGUGUACGUCCACCCGCGGCUGGUGAGCGCGGUGACGCACGUCCGUGCCGACGUCAUCAAGUGCGGCUUCGGCGUCGGCGACGCGCGCGCGGGCAACAAGGGCGGCACCGCCGUCCGGAUGGCUGUCCACGGCUCGCAGCUCUGCCUGAUCAACGCCCACCUCCCCGCGGGAGCCUCGCACGCGGACGAGCGCAACGACACGUUUGACGAGAUCGUGGCCGGCCUGCAAAAGGCGUACGGAGAGCGGCUGCGCGGCGGCCCCUUCCCGUCGCCUCUCGAGCACGACCUGUGCGUCUUCGCCGGCGACCUCAACUACCGGCUCGAGCCGGGCGGCGCAAAGGAGGAGCAGAACCAGGUCGUGCGCGACGCCGUCGCGCAGGGCAAGUGGGGGAAGCUGCUGCAGAUUGACCAGCUGCGCGCGCAGCAGCGGGCGGGCCUCGCGUACGACUCGUCUGAAAAACAACGCGUCCCGUCGUACUGCGACCGCGUGCUCUGGCUCGAGCCGCAAGGCGCCGCGUGCAAGCCGCCGGUGACGGCGCUGCUCGACUGGAGCGCGGGGAGCUCGCAGCGGACGUCGGCCGAGAGCGCGGCCUCGCCGGCGCAGCAGGCGGCGGAGGCGUCUCUCAUCGACUUCGACGCCAUCGACCUCGACGGCGACGCGAGCGCUCCGCCGCCGCUGCCGUCGGCAGAGUCCGCCUUUGCCGACGAGUUUGACCUCUCGGAGCUGUUCGGCUUCUCUGCCGCCGCCGAGGGGGCGGCGGCGUCCGCGACGCCCCCCUCGCAGCCGGCCGCCUUUGACCCGCCCGCGUUCGCCGCCGGUAGCGCUCCGGCGGCGUUUGACCCGCCCGCGUUUGCUGCGGGCGGCGCUCCGGCGGCAGGCGCCGCGUUUGACGCGCCGGCGUUCUCCGCCGGGGGUAUGGGGGCGGCGAUGCCGCCGGCGCAGUUCCCCGCCGCGGGCAUGGGGGCGCCGAUGCAGCCCGCGCAGCCCGCGCAAUCGACCGCGUUUGACCCGUUUGCCAGCAGCACCGCGCCGGCCUUUCCGGUCGCUUUCGGUGGCGGCGGCGGUUUCGAGGGCGGAAUGCAGGGCGGGAUGCAGGGCGGGAUGCAGGGCGGCUUCGGGGGCAGCAUGCUUGGAGGAGCGCCGGGUGGAAUGCAGUGGGCGACGUUCUCGGAUGCGCCGAGCUCCUACUGCUACAUAAGGCCAUAA